AUGUCGGAAAAGCCAUUUGUUUCAUUUUUUUUUCAGAUCAACAGUCUGAUAGCGCAGCUGGCUGAUGCGAACCGAGAUACACUUGAUCAGCAGAACAGUACUUCACUGCUAAAUGAAAAUAAAGCGCUGAAAAGCCAAAUUGACGAUAUCCUGGUUAUCCAAUCGCAAUUAAAUACGGAUGUGCAUCACCUACAGGAGGAAUUGCGACGUAAGGAGACUGAACUGGGGAAUGCACAAGAUGAGUCUAAAAGGCUUCGAUUUCUCAUCGACAGCGAGAAAUCACGUCUGCAAAAUAUUUUGGAGGAAACGCAGCGUGAGUUACAAAUGAAAUCUGCUGCACUUCAAAGCCUGAUGCUUGUGAAACAGGUAAACAAUUUAGGGUUUAAAUCCGGUGUCCUGCUUUGA